GAGAAAGUUAAAGAAAUAUUGGAUGGCCCAUUCGAUAUAUAGUUCCCAUUAGCGGCUCCCCAUUGUCAGCAGUUUUUAGAGCUCACCGAAAUUUCUGUGAUCUUCAAUUCCCAAACCCCAAAAAGGUCAACCAAAAACCUUUGUCUUCUGUUCCGAUGAAUCCACAACAACCCAAUCCAUCGGAACCCGACCUUCAGGUUCCAUCCCUCGCUUCCCUCCGAAUCCAGCCCUCUUCCCCACGUUUCCCUUUCUCUACCCCCAUCGCCGGUUCUCAGCGUCGCAUCGCCAUCGCCGUUGACUUAAGCGACGAGAGUGCUUAUGCCGUCCGCUGGGCUGUCCAGAAUUACCUUCGUCCUGGAGACGCCGUCGUCCUCCUCCACGUACGUCCGACUUCCGUCCUUUACGGAGCCGACUGGGGCUCUAUCAAACUCCAAAUCACCCCCAACUCCACGAAUAAUCACGAAAACGCCACCGCCAUCAGCGGCGAUCACUCCGACGAAGAGUCGCAGCAGAAACUCGAGAACGACUUCGACGUUUUCACGACAACCAAAGCGAACACGCUGGCCCAGCCGUUAGUGGAUGCUCAGAUUCCGUUUAAAAUCCACAUAGUAAAAGACCAUGACAUGAAGGAGAGAUUGUGUUUGGAAGUGGAGAGAUUAGGGCUGAGUGCAGUGAUCAUGGGGAGCAGAGGAUUCGGAGCCUCUAGAAGAACCUGCAAGGGAAGGCUAGGAAGCGUUAGUGAUUAUUGCGUCCACCACUGCAUUUGUCCUGUGGUAGUGGUCCGGUACCCUGAUGAGGAAAAUGGAAAUGGUGGAGCUGAGAAGGUGACGAAGAAGAACAUUGUUGAAGAUGUGGAGCUGCAGCCGGUACCUGAAGAGGAACAGGAGUGUCAUGAUGCGGAGGAGGGAUACACAGAUGCUUAAUAUGACUUGGAGCACUGACGAGUGCCUACUGAUUCAGCAAAUGGUGAAAGGCAAUCCAAAAUGUGAAGACUUUGUUGUGUCAAAGAAGAGUGAGAUCCUUGUGUGGUGUCGAACAUGUAUGCUUUGUAUAGAUGGAUAGAAAUAGGGCUCUUGGGUUUCUCUUGUGUACUUCCUGCUGAUUGUGUUUCGACAAUUAACUGUUCAAUGUAUAUGUAUAUGUAUAUGGUUUGCCGUACUGGAUUUCUUUGCUCAGGCAUGUUAAUAAUACCGUAGGAAUACAAGAUUUUUGUACUUCAAAA